AUCAGUCUGCGUUUACGCUCGUGAGGUGAGGUGUAUGUCGGUGCCGCGCUUAAUGGUACUCGUGUUUAGGAUUCGACUUCGUUUUGUUGUGCAAGUUUUUCAGUGAAUUGCGAUUAUGGAGACGAGUCGCCAUCCAUAGAAGGACUAAAGAAGGUUCAAUAUCAGUGUGGCGGCGUCAAGGCCACGUCCGACGGGCUGGUGGAGCGACGUACGGGACGUGCAGCGCUACUCAUGACCUAACGCGUGCUUGAGAGGCGCCAUGACUUCCCCCGCCUACGUCUCGGAGGUGACUGGUGGUCACCGACUCUCGCCCUCGCGUGGCGACGAGGGCGACGACGACGACGAUGGUGGCUUUAGAGAGCGCAGGGCGCUCAGGGAGGACACACCUCCCGCCCCUUGCUCCGUGAUCUGCCGUCCCCGCACCUGCUCCACCCUGCCCCCCACACUCCCCAAGUCUCCCCACGAUGCCUCCUCUCCUGAGACGCCGAGCAAGGGGCGACGGGGGGCGCGGCUGUGGGGGCUGCGUAGCCUCGUGAAGAUGUUCAGGCGGCGGGUGCGGCGUCGCAGCGCCACGUCCCCCACCACCGCCUCCGGCAGCGGCGGUCACGCCAGUGACAGUCCCGCCGCCUCGCCCCCCGCCGCCGCCCGCACGCGCUCUGCCUCAGAGCUCCUGCUGGAGAACAGGUCAGGCUGCGGGCCGUACAACCAGGGCAUGAGUGUGUCACAUGACUCAGUCUUCAGUCCUGACUCUCCCCCCACCCCCGCCGCCCCCCACGCCAACCCCAUCACACGGGGCGUCAACAUGUCGGAGCUGAAGGCGGUCCUGAGGCGACGUGUUGCCAGCGGCGGUGACGGUGACGGUGGGCGACGAGGCGACGAUUCUGGCAGCGGCGACGAUGACCCCGGCCUGCCGCGGUCCCCUCCCACGUCCCCCACCACCGUGGACGUCCUCAACCACGGCCUCAAGAGCAUGUCCCGUGCGACGCACUCAACGUGUAGCGACGGCUCCCUGCUGUCCAUGGGCAGCUCAGAACUCGAGGAGGAUUCGGCGGCUUCUCUGAAUUCGUCGAAACACUCACUCGGCGAUGGCCGCUUCAUGCAAGUUGUGGAUCACGAACCCGUGGCGGGGGAGGCUCCCGGCCUCAGCCACACGGCAGCGCGCCACAAGAUUGCCGUUCGCCCUCGCCGGACGCACGCCCUUAGUCGCCCUCGUCGUCCCCUGCAGGGGACUUGUUCGGUUCUGCUUCCUCCCACCCUGGAGGUCAACGAAGAGUUGAGCAGCGCGCGCGCAAACGAGCGUCUAGCGCUCACAUUGACUGACGACGACGAAGCGUUGGCCAGAAACCGCAGCAGGAGCGAGUCCGGGUCUAUGCAAGCAGCUGCUGACUUCAGCAGCCACCCGAUGCUGCCUGGUCUACAGAGUGAAAAGCCAGACUCUGUAAUACAGAGUGAAAAACGAGACUCGGUGAUACAGGGUGAGAAGCGAGACACGGUGAAACAACAGCUGAGCAGUCACCAUCACACCACAGAUGCUCUUUUCUCGCACAAAAUCUCGAACAAGAGCGGGUUUGAUCCUCUGAACUAUCACCCUGACCCUCAUCACGUGCUCAUGCAGAUGUCAGUACAGGAACCUCGCCAUCUGCAGGAGCAUAGCAUCGUGCAGGAAUAUAGAGGAUCUAAUGAUAGUGCCCCGCAAAUUAGUUCAUAUGGUCAGCGACCUGCCGAGCUCGUCGGGUCUCCUGCUCACCUGGAUCAGACCGGAAGCGACGCAGACCACAAUGAUGCGGAUAAGCGAGAAGAAACUCUUAUUGAUCGACUCUUUGGCUCCGUAAGGUCCGGACGCCGUCGUUCGCGCAACUCUGGCGAAAUAGCAGACGUCAGUCGUGCGGAUAGCCCGAGUCCAUUGCGCCGAGAAGUAAAACUCAGAUCCUCUGGCGAAAAAACAUCUGAAUCUUCAAAACUACCAGUUGUCAAUCGAUCGAAUUCGCGAAACAAACCGCUUAACUUUGACAAGCAAGAGCUAACUGAAAUAGACCUUGGACAAGAGAUUGCACUUCAGAGUUAUCCCGAGUCGAAGCCACAGAUGGAGUCUAAUCAACAACAAAUUCAUCUCAAAGCCAAAACAAAUUCAACUCAAAGCAAAAAGAUGGAAACCCCACGGCUGGAAGAUGGAGCAGAAUUCGACUCGAGAUCUUGCAGUGUAGAGGGCCGCCUCGAGGGCCAUAAGCACGAGUCCUCAUUUAGCGUCUCUCAGAAGCCUCCCAUCACUGUUCCUAUUGCCAGUUACGUAGAGCGUCGGUCGCCCGGGAGAAGUGAAGCUAACGUUAAAAAAGCAAAAAGUUUCCGCGAAAUCGGAAAUCCCGUGAAUAUCGUAAAACGAGAUUCAUCCCGCAGAUCAUGGUUCGGACGAGACUCGUCGGUUGAAUACGAAACGACUCGACUCUCUGCUUCCUAUGACAACUUGGACGAAAACUUUGCAACUAAUCAAUCAUCUGUUCAGAUUGCCAGUCCGAGCGUUUCUUCUCUGGUUAACAGAGAACACAGAAAACGAAGCGUCAGCAAAGUUGUCCUGAGUCCUGCACAAAGUUCUGCCCUUUCAUCUACAGAUAGUCUGACAACCACUGAAAUUCCAGGAGUAUACAUCAGACCUUUGUCACAGUACCGACAAAGCCGAGUUGAGUCCGAAGAAACGAACGAAUCUCCUUCGUAUUUCUGUACUCAGCAGACUCACUUCAACACAUUCGCUGAAUCCUGCACAGGAGAUAACUUAGGAGGUCCUCACUCCUUGGAUUCCAGUAUCACUCUCAUCCCCAAGGAAGAAGAGAAUAUAAGAAAAACGUCCAGCAGCGAUCAUGUUAGUUCACACAUCAUCAUUCAAAAAUCUGACUUAGAAACGUAUGAACAUUAUCGUGUGUCAAAUUCACAACCUGAGAGUGCAUUUAUGAAGCGUCAGAUAACGGCUGGAACUUCAGUAACCGAGAUAACUUUAUCUGAUCAACCAGAAGACAUCAAAAAUAUCAGCGUGCCUGGACCUACAAGUGUUGCUCGCUCUUUAUCCUUGAGAUAUGCAGACACCGGUGGACCGGUGGGCAUUCUCAACCGUCGCUCAUCCAGCGCUGAUGAACUUGAACAGCCUGAAAGUAAGAUCUUCAUCAAUCGACCGAGAUUCGAUAAGAGAGAGACCAGCCUAAGUCGCACCUCGAGCCAAGAUACGGAGCCUCCAUCUGUUCCAGAAUUUAUGCGAAUUCAGCUUAACAGAGUUGAGAACAAAUCUCAGCGAAUCCUUUACUCAUCGGAGAAUACGGUGUCGGGUGCACCAACUGAUGAAACAAAAAUUGGAAGGACGAAACAGUCACUCGAUGAUCCAACGGAACUCCCAGAAGUUCAGUGUGAAAUUUCUACAUCGCAACAGAAUCCAUCUUUAUGCACUCCGAAACAUCCACACAGUAGAGAUAAUAAAGAAAACACUCCUCCUGUAACUGCUGUUGGAGAAUCAUCCGAUGAUGCUGUGAUGUUGCGCCCACUUCGGCGGGAGAAGUCGUUGGUUAUAGACCCCUGUGUGCUGCCUAAAAAGGAGGAGGAACCUGAACUGUAUAAAGUGUUUGCUCGUCGGUCGUUCAAGGUGAGGGAAACUUUCGAUUCUACACUACAGGACGAUGAGGCCUCUCAAGAAGACGAUUCAAGUGAUCUCGUUGCAUCUCUAUCCACACAAAUGUCGGGUAUCACUAAAAUAAAUCCUUUAUAUUCUACGCCCACACCACCUCAAACUCCAUUGAUGUCGAAUUCUACCGGGAAUAAACUCGGCGUAGGCAGUCCAGCUCUAUCUUUUAAGCCGCCUGGUCCUUCUGCAAGAAGUACAAGUCCUCUUGCAUCGCCAACUGUGACUGAAUCUCUGACAGGAGCAUCCGAUAUGUUCAGCAGUGCGUCCGAACCAUCUUCCCUCGACAGCAGCAUUAUUAGCUCUCAUACCGCCAAAACUGUUCCCAUGACAGCCAAGACUUACUCUGAGAAAUCUGAACAAAUGAAACCAAAGACUGAACCGAGAAUCCAUUCCUCUGACAACUCCCGAUUACCAAAGACCGAUUUAUCAGCUCUCUCCAGAGAUUCAACUUCUAGAGUUUCUCCCACCGCAUUGAGUUCAAGUGGUAAAAUAAGCAUCAGGCCCAUGUCUGCAAAUAGAGAACUUGGCACAGGAAGUAGUUCGUCGUCCUUCACGAGCAUCAUUGUAGGAAAGGCAUUGGGAGGUACUGUUGAUCCGACUAGUGCAUCGCUGUCACCUGUGACUGUACCAGUGACGCGCCCUCUCAGUCGUCCACUAAGUUCAGGUGUCCUAAACGUUAGUGGCACUAUUGUCACUCCAGUCUCCUGGCCUCCCAAAGCAAUUGUUGUUGGCGAGCCUAAAAAAAUUGAACCAAACACCUCUGUAUCACCAGAGGUAAUUAACAAAUUUAUGAUCGAAAAACCUGUGGAAAUAGUUGGAACAGGAACGACUCCGCCUCGUCCACAUGACGACAGUGCAAAAUCAAGUGAAAAUAUCGAGGACGCAAACUUGUCACAGGUAAAAUCUGUGAGGUUAAAGUUUAUGAAUGCCGGAGCGUUGAAUGACGCGCCAGCGAACUCUUGUAUUGCAUCUCCUACUGCCAGAACAACGCCUGCUGGGUCAUCCGCUGUAAUUGAGGCUCGUAACAUUGCGCCUGGAUUCUCGGGUCCCGUCCACUCUAACAUUUCACCCAAGCCAAGGCAUUCAUCUGUUCAUACGACAUCGAGAAGUCACAGUUCCGUGGGGUCGGUAACAAACAGCCCUUCUUCUUCCCACUGCCACCACCGUCAUUCGAUAGGGGCGUCAUACACACCUCAUCCUCGGCAACAAAUUCCAACCACAUAUACUUUGCCUUCUCCUCCAACUCCAAAAAGGUGUUUCUCAAGUCCUGCACCUGAUGCUUCCUUGGGAGACUCGCAAGACGUUGCAUUGUCUUCCAUCAUCGUACAGAACGCUCUCACAAAGCAGCAGGUUCAGGACACAACAUCAACGGCCUUCGCUACUCCUCUGCCUUCGUCGGGCGGCGAGGGGGGAGACGACUGGCGAGCACUCGUGCGCCAGAGGAGGGAAGACCGACUCAAGCAAAGCAAGUCCGUCGAGAGUCUGGAUGAGUCAUCUGAGGCUCGCAGCAGCGGCGGGUCAUCUCGUAGCAGCAAGGUUUUGGAGAUGGCAAAUAACUUCCAAAAAUUGCAAGUGGCUUGAAAUUUUGUUGCCAGCGUUUUAUGAGUUUAUAUACCCGAAAACAGGUAAUUUAGCUUGAUGUUUUUCUACUUUUCGAAUGUGAGCGCAGUUUUUAACCUUUUGAAAUGAAAAAUCAAUCUUGAACUGUUCAAUUUUUUAUUCACUAGCCUAAACGAAUGGCUUGACGUUGCAUUUUUCUCUUACUACAACAUUUAUAAUCGAGUUCCAACGAAAAAAUUGCAUGAAUUGCAGGGACGAAUCAAUUUUCUUCUUUGUAAAGGGUCUACAUUUUUUACCGUUAUCAUUUUUAGCUCAAAUUUUGAACAAUCUACUGAAAGAUCAGUUUCAAACAUUUUCUCUAUACAUCUUGCACGUACGACAAAAAAUUUGCAUUGUAACUCUUGAUAUUUUAUUUGUGAUCCAAAAUCAAGCUGAAGUGAAGAAGUUCUAGUGAUCAUUUUCAUUCACGAAUUCCGCUCUCGUAUUUACGAGUGCCAUGCUCGUCUACUGUAGCGUAGUUAGUUUAGAUUAUUUUGUAUAAUUUUUUAACCGAGCUUAGUUACUCAUUAACUAAUAAAACGUUUUCUAUCUAAACAAUUUCCUGAUAUUAUCUCAUCCUGGUACUGAUUAAAAUUUAAUACUAAUAAUUUUAGGAACAAUAACGUACACCUCGUUGAGUGUUAUUUGCACCUAUAUGGUUUUCUGCCUACGAUUGAAUGAAUCUUUGAAACAGUUUAAUUAACUGAAUUAUUUUUAUAAAUAUUCUAGGACUAUAUUCAUGGAUUUCUGGUGAAAGGUUCUGUAAUUUUUGUACAUAGGCAGAUGAUGUGUAACCUUGUCGUUCGAACUGCUUUCAUUCACUGUUUUUCAGUUAGAGCGACACUAAAACGAAUGCUAAUCAUACGUAGUUCAUGUGAAGCACGGCAGGUGACAUCUCCAAUUAAUGGGAAUUGGUUCUUUGACGGGGAUCAUAAAUAAUUAUGUAAUGUUGUUAUGGUCUUUUCCGCAUAACAACUGACACAUCUGUCAGGCUUGUGCUGUGAGAUUUUUGAAAAGAAAGUGGAGAAUAUGCGCAACGCGAGGAACUUGGUUAAGUCACGAGGAUAUUUCGAUGAUCGUAUUUAAAAAAAAAAAUAAUUCCACUGAAAUUGGCUUACGGGAAUUAUUUGCUGUAGAAUAAUAGUGAUAUUUUUCUUGCCCUUAAGACGGUGCUGAACUCUAACCCUGCAAUGAGAUUAAACGUGUGUUUUUACCUGGACAGAAUUGAUAAAAUUUGGCGUUGUUAUUGGAAUAAUAUAUUUUUUUGAAAGUGCGUUAAAUCAAUGUCAUAGAUAUCUACGAUCGCUGUAAGUUGCCUACGUGGUAUAUGUAAUUGGUGUAAGUGAAUAUUUUUUCAGUUGCCAGAGAAAUCGAUCAGUGUUGCCUCAUUAGAUAAGCACAUCAAUAUUAAAUCAAACCGUUUAAUAACUAUUUGAAAAUCCUUGGCGCAGCUACCCAAUAUUACUGGCAUAUUAUAAGCAUGAAUUAUUUUAGUGAAUUACAGAAUUAUUUCAAUCAUUUCGUGAAUUGUUAUCGACUUGAGCUGCGGCCUUCAAUAUCGUCGGAAAUUGGUCUUGAAUUCCAAGUGUGUGCAGAAUAGGAAUUAAUAACAUGCUGAUUACUUCAAGAUUUGAAAUGCGUGAUCAAUUAUUAAAAAUGGUCAGUAAUGAAUCCAUCUAUGCAGAACAUUAACCUUCAGUCCACUAUAUCAAGCCUUUACACAGAAAUCCAAUGAAACAUACUCUCCACGUUUCUGUUUACGAACCUCUUGUUGUGAAGAAUAUUUAUGGAAAGAUCUUUCCGCGAUGGACGUAUUACUAUCAUUUUCUUUGUUUAAAUAUACUCUGACAACGCUAUGCACAUUUAACAGCCGCUGAAGUACUGUUUGUGCGUCGAUUAUUCUCGUGCUUCCAAGUGGUACCUCGACUAUUUAUGCCUACUAUAUUCGGGUUUACAAUUGAUGUUUAUUACCCACUUAAUAUACUUCCUAUCGCACCGAACGUUGAAGAAUAAUCCAAUACCCAGUUCUUCGACAGUAUACCAGUCGACUAUUAGCAAUGAUGAAUAUAAGCAACCAUGUCUUUGAAACGAACAUUGACAAUUUCAAUUUUUUCAUUAAUUAGCGAUACUAUCUGGUACUUAUCCGCGGGUGUCAUUCAUCCCAUCUCCUCUUAAGUUUUUAUACUGGUAUUAUGCUGCAUUCAGUCAUCUAUGUAGGGACAUGUCUAUUGCUACUUUAGAAUGCCUUUAUAACGCUAGCACACUUCACAUGUGCGGAAUAAACUAUUAAUUGUC